GUCAGCCUUGUCGGCAAAAAAACUUCCUAAAUUUGCUGUCUACCUAGUACUUACCUUGUAAACCGUACUGAUUACCUCUUGGUCGCACAAACACAAAAUGGCUGGCGUCGCUGAUAAGGCGAGAUUCUAUCUUGAACGUGCUGUACCGCAACUGCGAGAAUGGGAGGAGAAAGAAAUAUUUUCCAAGGAUGAGAUUCGCACAAUCGUCCAGAAGCGCAACGAUUACGAGCACAGAGUCCUCUCACCUGGGAACAAGCCGUCGGAUUGGUCUUCGUACGCUCAAUGGGAGCAGUCGCUUGAGUCCCUGCGCAGCAAACGCUGCAAGCGUCUCAAAAUCCGACACCUUCAGUCCGCCCAUGCUGGCCAGGGCCGUACUCUUGCGAUUUACGAGCGAGGUGUCAACCGACAUCCAGGAAGCAGUGCUCUGUGGAGAGAAUAUCUUUCAUAUACGUCCAGCGUCAAAGCAUCCAAGCGCUGGCGCAAAACCAUGACCAAUGCUCUACGCAUGAUGCCUACGGACCCUGAGCUGUGGGCAAUGGCAGGUCGAAGGUCAGCGAAGAAUGGCGACAUGGCAGCCGCGCGUGGGUUCUUCAUGCGAGGUUGCCGCUUCUGCACGACGAAUGAAAAACUCUGGGUUGAAUAUGCGCGAACGGAGAUGGAAUGGCUCGAAAAGGUCGAUAAGCGCAAGGCGGUCGCGAAGCCCGGCCAGGAUGUUCUCCGACCCGAUCGUGAGGAGGACGGCGACGAGCUGCGACUUUUGGAUAGUGAUGAUGGUGAAGAGGAUGACGACGAUCUUCCUGAGCCAUCAAAUGCCCAAGCCAAGGUUAUUGACAAGCAGACCGCUCAGCAUUUGAAAUCAAACCCUGCCAUGGAUGGCGCUAUCCCUAUGGCUAUCUUCGACAUCUCCAAGAAGCAGGCUUUCUUCAGCGCCAACACUGCGGAGGUAUUCUUUGACCUCUUCGUGUCUUUCACACAUGUCCCGGCUCAGCCUAGGAUAUCACAGCAUGUUCUGGAUGUCCUUGAUCGGGAGUAUCCCAACCACCCAGCCACAUGCAACGUCCGCAUUCGCCAGCCUAUUAUGGGCGUAAACCCACAGACAGCAGAGUUUCCCAAGAACCUCAGAGAGGUACUGUCACGCUUGGGCCGCUAUCUGGAAACCACAACAGAUCGCACGGAAUUACAGAAGAAGACCGUGGCAUGGAUAGACGGGUAUCUUGGGCUGGAUGUUUUGGAUGAGGGUAUUCGGGCAGUUUUGGAACAUACCAAACAGAAGAUGGAGUCCAUUUAGAUGGUUAUGAAUAGAGCCAAUCAACAUUUUUAUGUGGUUAUGCUGGAAAUCAAAAUAAUACUUGCACCUUGUUCCCUUUGCAUUGGGCGCAAAUCUUAACAACUGUGGAUACCAUACGGCUAGUCGGAGAAAGGAGGAAAGACACAACAGCCAAGAGACAGAUAUCGUGACGGGGCCUCCGAUCACUGGAAGAAGAAUUUUCUUUAAAUAAACACAGUCUUGG